AUGGCUCGACAAUAUGUACUUUUUUUUACCAUAAUUUUUUUUAUUGCCCUAACAAGUUCUGUGUUGGCUAGCGGACCAGCACCAUCGCCGACCCAGAAAGCUGAGUCGCCAGAUGGUGCUGAUUCAAAAGCCCCGAAAUCAUCUGCAUCACAAGUAUCACCAUCGCCUAAGGCAAGUUCGGAGUCUCCUUCAAGCGAGGAGACUCCAUCUGCUUCGUCUACACGUAGUGCUAGCCCUGCAUCUAGCUCGUCGAUUGAAGCCCCGACAAGCGAGGAGUCGUUGGGAUCCCCGGUCGAAGGACCGGCUGUUAGCCCUGACGUUGGCGCAGAUGCUCCUGGGUCUACUGAGUCUACUGCUGCUGAUGCACAAACACCUCCUAAGAGUGGUGCAACAACUAUUAAGUUGUCAUCUGCCUUUUUGGUUAUUGUUGAUGUUGGCGUUGGUGUUGGUGUUGAUGUUGCUCGGAUUAUGCAUGCUCCGACUUUGAUACGACUAAAAGCCCUUCGCAAGGCUUUGAAAGGGUUGCUCCUAAGGAUGGCAAUGGCCGGAUUCAGAUCAGAUUAUGCAUAUUCCGACUUUGAUUUGAUUAUAAGUUGGGCUUUUUUUGCAUCCACCACGACUGAAGGGCGAGUUAUGGGCCUUAUGGCCCCCUCAUCAUCCAUGACUUUGAAUGGGGCUCCUACGUUGACAAGCAUGUUAACAAUUAGUCCUACAAAGUCCCCGGCACCGAGCCCUGGUAGUGCAGACACAAAACCUGAUGAGGAGUCUAACGAUGACGAGCCAGACGAAGAAACCUUGGCUCCUGAUGCCGAUUCUCCUGAUGCUGCUGAUCAAGAAGAUAAUGCAGCCUAA